AUGCGCCAGAUUCGGGUGGAGAAGUUGGUGCUCAACAUCAGUGUGGGUGAAAGUGGUGACAGACUCACCCGAGCAGCAAAGGUCUUAGAGCAGCUGACAGAGCAGCAGCCUGUGUUUUCGAAGGCCCGCAUGACCAUUCGUCAGUGGAGCGUCCGCCGCAAUGAGAAGAUUGCUUGCCACGUGACAGUUCGGGGAGAGAAGGCCGAGGAGAUUCUGGAGAAGGGCUUGAAGGUGAAAGAGUACGAGCUGCGAAAGAAGAACUUCGCCAGGAACGGCAGCUUUGGCUUUGGCAUCACCGAGCACAUUGACCUGGGCAUCAAGUAUGACCCUGGCACCGGCAUCUACGGCAUGGAUUUCUACGUGCACCUUUCUCGCCCUGGCAGCCGAGUGAAGAACCGCAAGUUGAAGGUGGGCAAGGUGGGCGCAUCCCACAAGCUGAAGAAGGAGGAUGGCAUCGGGUUUCCGGUCAUGGCGGACAAGUCGGAGAACCCCAUGCGCCAGAUUCGGGUGGAGAAGUUGGUGCUCAACAUCAGUGUGGGUGAAAGUGGUGACAGACUCACCCGAGCAGCAAAGGUUUUAGAUCCUUGGCAGAGCAGAGAGCAGCUGACAGAGCAGCAGCCAGUGUUUUCGAAGGCCCGCAUGACCAUUCGUCAGUGGAGCGUCCGCCGCAAUGAGAAGAUUGCUUGCCACGUGACAGUUCGGGGAGAGAAGGCCGAGGAGAUUCUGGAGAAGGGCUUGAAGGUGAAAGAGUACGAGCUGCGAAAGAAGAACUUCGCCAGGAACGGCAGCUUUGGCUUUGGCAUCACCGAAGAGCACAUUGACCUGGGCAUCAAGUAUGACCCUGGCACCGGCAUCUACGGCAUGGAUUUCUACGUGCACCUUUCUCGCCCUGGCAGCCGAGUGAAGAACCGCAAGUUGAAGGUGGGCAAGGUGGGCGCAUCCCACAAGCUGAAGAAGGAGGAUGGCAUGAAAUGGUUCCAGACCAAGUACGACGGUAUCCUUCUGAACUGA